AUGUCGAGCUCCUUUGAAAAGUCUGUCAAGGGCGCCACCAAGAUCAAGGCCGCGCCCCCGAAGACGAAGUAUAUCGAGCAUAUCCUUAUAGCGACACACGCGGGGGAGGCUGGUGUUGGAGAGGUAUUUCGAGCGCUGCAGAACCGACUACGCGAUUCUACGUGGACCGUCGUCUUCAAGAGCUUGAUCACAGUCCACCUCAUGAUCAGAGAGGGCUCCCCGGAUGCCACCCUGGCUUACCUGGCGAAGCAUCGUAAUCAGCUGGCCAUCGGCUCCUUCACUGAUGCGCAAAUACAGGGCCGGAAUAUACGGCACUACGCUUCCUACCUUGCAGAGAGGGUACGCGCAUUCAGGGAUACCAAGGUGGAUUGGGUUCGCGUCAAGGAAACACGCCUGGAGAAGCUGUCGGUCGAUAAGGGGCUGCUGCGCGAGACCGAGGUUGUGCAAAACCAACUCACCGCUCUGCUGAAAUGCGACGUAUUGGAAGACCCAGAGAAUGAGAUCACCAUAACAGUGUUCAGGCUCUUGGUGCUGGAUCUGCUGUGUCUAUUCCAGGUGCUAAAUCAAGCCAUGAUCAACCUUCUGGGCCACUUCUUCGAAAUGUCGAAACCAGAUGCGGAGAGGGCUAUGGAUAUCUACCGCCUGUUUACUAGACAGACAGAUUAUGUUGUCCAAUAUCUGGCCGUAGCACGGCAGUGGGAACCUCAUACUAGAGUCGAGGUUCCUAAGCUGAAGCACGCUCCGGUCAAUCUGCGCCGGCAGCUCGAAGACUAUCUCAAGGACCCGGAUUUCGAGGUGAACCGAAGGCAAUUCAUGGCCGAACAACAGCAUAAGAAGAAAGGGGGGCCAGUUUUGUCAAAGGGGGACAAGAGCAAUGCAGAUGCGAAAGCAGCGACGGCAAACAUGUUCCCGGAUACCAACACGCCAUCUACGUCUGCCCCCAAGGCAGCACCUCAGCCUUCGAAGGGACCAGAUCCAGACCUAAUCGAUUUCUUCGAUUCGAUAGAGCAGAACCAAACCACCAUGAAUUUCCAGCCAACCCAACAGGCUCCCCAGCAGGUCCCCCAGCAAGUCCCUCAGCAAGCUCCUCAGCCUCAGAUGGGAAUGGGACAGAUGAACACCGGCAACCCUUGGCAACCGGAUCCCCAACAGCAGAUGGGCCAGUUCCAAGGCAACGGGUUCGCUCCUCAACCUACGGGAUUCCAGAGCAACAGUCCCUUCCAGCAGCAGAAUGUCGGAGCUUUCCCUCAGCAGCAGCAAGUGCCGAAUCAGCAGCAGCCCAACUUCACCGGUGCCGGCUUUGGUGGCUAUACGCCUCAGCCGCCAGCCCAACAGGGCUUCUCGCCCACCAGCCUAGGAUCCGUACCCCAGGACUCCGUUGCGUCGUUUCAAACGGGGACGUUAUCGCUUCCUAUGCAGACCGGCAUGCAGACAGGACAGCAGACGACCAAUCCAUUUAGAGCGUCAAUGAUGAUGGCCAACCCGACGGGGAUGUCUAAUAAUAACAUGAUGCCCAACUCAUUCUCUACGCCAACGAAUCCUCAGGCUCAACCUCAAAUACAACCGCAAGGGGCCUUGAAUCGUCAAUCCACAAAUCCUUUCGCACGGUCAUCACCGCAGGCUGUAACACCGUUUGCAAACCCAUCACCAAAUUCCCCUUUCCAAUCGGCACCUCCUGGUCAAGCCCAAGCGCCAUUACAACCAAUGGCCACUGGGACCAAUCCAUUCGCCAAGAACAUUGGCCCGCCGCAGAAUGAAGCGCAACGGCCGCAGACGAGCGGAGGCAUCAUGCCACAGCCCACGGGAACCACCAACCCAUUUAGGCAAGGCGCCUUUGUCAACCACCAGACAGGCAUGGGUUGGCAACAUAACCAGAUGCCUAUCGGUGGCGGCCUGGAUCAGCUACAAACAACGCCCGUCUUUCCUCGACCUUCAACGCAAACACCAUGGCAACAAUGA